AUGAUAACAUCAUCGGAUUCUCUAGUUUGUGGAAGUGACUUUGUUACGGAUUGUCUAAAAAUAUUUUCGGAGUGUGCACUGUUAUUGGAUCCGGGUAUAUCAUCACUUUGGGUCGAAGGUAAUCUAAGUGUUCUGUAUAAUGGUUCUGCUAGGCCAUGUGUGAAUCAUGUGAUGGAAAUAGAAGCUCAUGAAUAUUGGAUGCCAGUAAUAGAUGAGUUAAAUGGUUAUAGCUUUACAUUGGCGCCUAGUGAGUUAUUAUAUACGGGCAAUAUGUCGGAUACUAGACUUACUUUAGUAUUAUCUGAGAUGCCAUUUUAUGAUGGUUCGACUGCAACCUUAGUUGAAAAUGAUACGUAUGUUCAAUUGCAAGUCGGUGCCAAGUACUCUUUUGCUGGAGAUUAUAUCGGACAUGCUGCACAUGGCAACCCUCUCAUUUGGGACAGUACAGGACGCGGUGCUGUCAGUCGUAGACACCCUUGCUUCACUACACCACCCACCAUACCUAUCGCCUGCCAAUUCAACGAACUCACUGCAUCAUCCAGACUCACUCUCGAUUGCGCCUGGACUCCGGUCUUCGACGCACUCUCCUUCAUCAUUCCAGGACAACCGCUUCAAAUCAACCUAAACAUCAACAUGCCCAAUCAACUCGAUGGCUACAAUCUACCACCCUUGCUCCCCCCACUAAAAAACAUCGAACUACGCAACUACCAUAAGGUACUCUGGAGACCUAAUAGUCACCAAUUCAGAGACGGUAUCAAUUUCCCCGUCUGCGCACACGAAAGUAACUCACACUGA